UCUUCAGAAGCAGAGGAACAUACACAUCAACUAAUCAUGGAUAAGAGAUUUAUAUUCAAUCUGAUCACCUUUCUGGUCACAAUAUUUGCAAGUGUUCAAGCAGAUAACCAAUUUUACUACUUGAAGAAAUGCUACAAGUCGGAUCCAGAGGUAAACGAAUGCCUGAAGCGUUCCUCGAAUUAUUUGAUUGCGAAUAUGCGCCAAGGAAUCCCAGAAUUGAACAUGUACGAACCAGAACCUAUCAUCAUUGAUGAAAUCGGUAUCGCUUUAGGUAAUGGACCGGAUGGAUACAGAGCUUCAUUUAGGAAUAUCAAAGCUUAUGGAGUUAGCAAUUUAACAAUUACUGCUGUUAGGUCUGACAUUGAAAGCAAUCAAUUCCAAUUCACGUUCUACAUUCCGCACAUUUCCGCUAGAGCUUUAUACGAAUCUACCGGUGUUCUAAUUUUAGUUCAAGCAACUGGAGGCGGUUCAUAUUGGGGAGAAUACGAGGGAGUCAAAGCUAAGGUGUACAUCAAAGCAAAACCGGUCGAUUACCAAGGGAAAACUUUCCUUUCCUUACAACAGAUUAAGAUGGACUUCAGCGUAAAAGACAUUAAAAUGGGCGUCGAAAACGUUCACAAUGGAAAUUCCGUUAUCCAAGCCGCAUUAAAUCUGUUCAUUAAUUCAAACGCGCAAGAUUUGCUCAAAGAGAUGAAACCGGAUUUGAAGAAGAAACUGCUGAUGAUUAUGAAGAACUUCGUUGAGAAUCUUUUUAGCAAUAUUCCGUACAACGAAUGGAUCUCGGAAUAA